GUACAGCCUGUAUGCCCGCACACGGCUGGGCUACCUCUUCUACCAGCGGCAAGUGAAGAAAGCCCGGGAGCGGUACCCGCACGGCCACUCUGCACCCCAGCCCCUGCACUUCCCCGGGGUGAAAAUACUGCCCAUUCCUGUGCUCUCCAACAACUACAGCUACCUAGUCAUUGACACUGGCUCUGGCCGGGCAGCUGUCAUCGACCCCUCCGACCCUCUGGCUGUGGAGGCUGCCAUUGAAGAAGAGGGGGUGAUGCUUGAGGCCAUAUUCUGCACUCACAAACACUGGGACCACAGCGGGGGCAAUGCAGCGCUCCGCCAGCAGCACAGCUCCUGCAAGGUGUACGGCAGCGCCCUUGAUGCCAUCUCGGAGCUCACGAACCCACUUGUGGACAGGGAGAAGGUGAGCGUGGGCUGCCUGACCUUCGAGGCACUCGCCACCCCAGGCCACACUGUGGGCCAUAUGGUGUACGUGCUGGAUGGGGGCCCCUUUGGUGCCCCCCCCUGCCUCUUCUCUGGGGACCUGCUCUUCCUCGCUGGCUGCGGCAGGCUGUUUGAGGGCUCCCCUGAGACCAUGCUCGCCUCCCUGGACGUGGCCGUCGGCUUGGGUGAGGACACACUGCUGUGGCCAG